AUGGCGGACGAUCGAAGGAUAAAUUUGCUGCAAGACGUAUUUGAUCAGAUUGCUCGUUUAACAGUUAGUCUAAGUGAAAAUCGUCCUGUGAAUCCCAGUAAUAAUGCACCGGCGUCAAAUUCUGUAAGCAUGGAACUCAGUAGAAGAUUUCCUUCGUUACGAAUGCUAGCCGGCCCUACAUCUGUGAGCCCUGCCACGUCGUCAGCCACUAGUAACUCAGCCAACAGGGCCACAUUCUCUCGCUCUAGUUCAACAAGAAGCCAGGCGAGUCGGAAACGAAAACGAACGGUAGGUAAACCAUCAAAUGUUAUUUAUAAAGAUCUGGUACUCAUACCAGAUCCGGAGGAGGAGCAAGCUUCCACACACACGGCUCGAGUCACGCUUGAAACAGACGGGAAAGUUAUUCAUGGAUUCCCUGUAGACAUGGAGUGGGAUGCAAGGUCGCUACGGAGGAAAAUAUGCGAUUUUUAUGAAAGUUUGAAUAUGUAA